CGUGGCCAAGCCGCAGGCGGCCGGAGGCCGCGCCCCUUUCCCAGAGUGCCCCGCAGCCGCUCCCCGCGAGAUCCAUUUCUAGCCUGCCCCGCCGGCCUCCACGACCGGUCCCGCCAUGGACGGGCUCCGGGCGAGCGGGGGGCUCCUGAGGCGCGGACGGUUGAGACGCCGGCGCCAGCCGCAGCCGCACAGCGGGUCGGUCCUCGCCCUGCCCCUGAGGCACAGGAAGAUCCGAAGGCAGCUGAGGAGAAGCGUGGCGUCCCGCAUGGCCGCACUGAGGGCCCAGAGGCUGCCGAGCGAGGACUCGGAGGACUCGAGGGUGGAGUCGACGGUCGAGGAUGCGGGGGACCCGCUGCCUGGUGGGGCGGCGGCCAUCCCCGACGCGGCCCGGCGAGAGCCGUACGGCCACCUGGGGCCUGCAGAGCUGCUGGAGGCCUCGCCCGCGGCCCGCUCCCUGCAGACCCCCCGCGCCUUGGUGGAGGCGCAGACGCCGCCCGCCCGCCUGGUGGAGGGCCCGACCCCGCCGGCCCGCCUGGUGGAGGCGCCCGCCCUGUCCGCGCGUCUGGUGCCGGCUUCCGCGCCGCCCGCGCGCCUGCUGGAGGUGCCCGCGGCGCCGCCCCGCGUGGUGGAAGCCUCGGCCCUGCUGUGCAAUGCCCAGCACCUGGCGGCCGCCCCGCCGUCCGCGGCCCCCGCCACGCUGUCGGGGCCGCAGGUGGACGGCACGGGCGGGGAGCUGGCCUGGGACUCCCCGCUGCAGCGCGUCCUGGCCGAGCUGAACCGCAUCCCCAGCAGCCGGCGGCGGGCAGCGCGCCUCUUCGAGUGGCUCAUCUCGCCCAUGCCGCCGGACCAUUUCUACCGGCGCCUGUGGGAGCGGGAGGCGGUGCUCGUGCGGCGGCAGGACCACGCCUACUACCAGGGGCUUUUCUCCACCGCGGACCUGGACUCCAUGCUGCGCCACGAGGAGGUGCAGUUCGGGCAGCACUUGGACGCCGCUCGCUACAUCAACGGGCGGCGCGAGACCCUGAACCCACCCGGCCGCGCGCUCCCCGCCGCCGCUUGGUCCUUGUACCAGGCCGGCUGCUCCCUGCGCCUUCUCUGUCCGCAGGCUUUUUCGACCACCGUGUGGCAGUUUCUGGCUGUGCUCCAGGAGCAGUUUGGGAGCAUGGCGGGCUCCAACAUUUACCUCACGCCCCCCAACUCGCAGGGCUUUGCUCCCCACUACGACGACAUCGAGGCUUUUGUGCUGCAGCUGGAAGGUCGGAAACUCUGGCGUGUGUACCGACCCCGGGUCCCGACUGAGGAGCUGGCUCUGACAUCCAGUCCCAACUUCAGCCAGGACGACCUUGGUGAGCCUGUGCUGCAGACUAUGCUGGAACCUGGAGAUUUGCUCUAUUUUCCCCGGGGCUUCAUUCACCAAGCCGAAUGCCAGGAUGGUGUGCACUCUCUGCACCUCACCUUAUCCACGUACCAGCGCAAUACCUGGGGCGACUUCCUGGAGGCCGUACUGCCUCUGGCAGUGCAGGCUGCAAUGGAAGAAAACGUGGAGUUCCGAAGGGGUCUCCCCCGAGACUUCAUGGAUUACAUGGGAGCCCAGCAUUCGGAUUCUAAGGAUCCACGAAGAACGGCUUUUAUGGAGAAGGUGCGAGUCCUGGUUGCCCGCUUGGGACACUUUGCCCCUGUCGAUGCUGUGGCUGACCAGCGAGCCAAAGACUUCAUCCACGACUCUCUGCCCCCUGUGUUGACUGAUAGGGAGAAGGCACUAAGUGUUUAUGGGCUCCCAAUUCGCUGGGAGGCUGGAGAACCUGUAAACGUUGGGGCCCAGUUAACCACAGAAACAGAAGUGCACAUGCUCCAGGAUGGGAUAGCUCGGCUGGUGGGUGAGGGAGGCCAUUUGUUUCUCUAUUAUACAGUGGAGAACUCCCGUGUUUAUCAUCUGGAAGAACCCAAGUGCUUGGAGAUAUACCCUCAGCAAGCUGAUGCCAUGGAACUCUUGCUCCGCUCCUACCCAGAGUUUGUGAGAGUAGGGGACUUGCCCUGUGACACAGUGGAGGACCAGCUUUCCUUGGCAACCAUGUUAUAUGACAAGGGGCUGCUGCUCACCAAGAUGCCUCUAACCUGAACUAGUUUCUUGUUAUUUGCUGGGUGCAAGACCGUGAUUCUCUCUUACCACCUUUACCACCUUUUUGGGGAGGGAUUGUGGGGGGGGACUCGUUCUUACCUUGAUAAACAUUUACCUUUAUGACUGGUCACAUUUACCUUUAUGACUGUUUUAAUGUCACAAGUUUCAGACGGUUUUCUAGGAAUCACCACUUCAUCUAGGUACAAAAGUAAAAGCAGAAGUUGGAGGUGGAAAAAGCAGUUAUUUCUUUGAUCCCUGAUCAUUUCAGAGCACCAGCUUCAUCAUCACCCUCAGGCUUCUGUGUACUGUAUAGCACUUGCUGUGUCAUUCUGCUUGAGACAUUAGAAGUUUUUAUUUAGAGUUUGCAUCCUUCCUUUGAGUUCUCUUUCCUCAGUUGGGGGGGAGGGUUGGGGUCAGUAUCCUGUUUGUUACCGUUUGUAUGAAUGUUAGAAAAGUUAUUAAAGUGCCAAAUAAUGUUUCUCUUUUUAAAGGCUAGAUUAUUAUGUGACAUAGUUUGAAGGAAUUGAGGGGGGGGGAGAUAGAGAAAAUCUGUAAUGGUUGAGGUGAAAGGUAACGGGGUGGUUGUAGGAUUGGGGCCAAAUUUAUAACUUUGGGGGUAAUUUCUUUUAGUCAUGCUACUUGAACUCCAAACAGCACAAUCCUAUUGGAAAAGUUAAGAGUAUAUUAUGUUUUUGCUCAGUGUUUGGCUUGCAUCGGUGGCUGGCAUUGCUCCCAAAGGGGCAGCAUGUCACCUGGUUGUGCCUCAGUCAACCAACUUGUAGCAAGCUGGCCAAGAAGGAAGGCUGGUGUGCAAGUUACUUUCCACUCUCGUUUUUUUUCUGGCAGUUGGAGGAAUCUUCCCCAAACCUGGAAAGUGAAUGUUCUCAUGGUUGGUGGAAAAGAGCCUGGUGUACCAGAGAGAGAGCAGUGGACUUGGAACCAGAAGACCUAGGUUUGGGGUGGUGGCUGGUAGGCAGCUGAAUGAUCUGAGGCUGCUGCUACGCCUGGGCACACAGAUUUUAUUUUAUUUAUUCAUGAGAGACACAGGCAGAAGGAGAAGCAGGCUUCCUGUGGGGAGCCUGAUGCAGGACUCGAUACCAGGAUCCUGGGAUCACGGCCUGAGCCAAAGGCAGACACUCAACCACGGAGCCACCCAGGCACCCCGAUCUUUUUUAUUCUAAAGCCUGUCAUCACAAUAGGCAGUUGAUAAAUAUUAGGUGAAUAAAUAUGUAAAACCACCUGGGAUAGAGAACAGGUCAGCCCCCUGCCUGCUCUGCAUGUCUUUUUACUUUCAGUUGGCCGUCCUGAGUGACAAGUGCUAAGGAGGUGAAUGUGCAAAUGAAUCAGAUACUGUUAAAAUGCAGAUUCUGACUGAGCCUGAGAGAGAAGAGAGCACAAACGGGGAGGAGCAGAGGGACAGAGAGAAGCAUACUCCUCACUGAGCAGAGAGCCUGACAUGGGGCUCCAUCCCAGGACCCCGGGAUCAGACUUGAGCUGAAGGCAGAUGCUUAACCAACUGAGACACAGGUGCCCCUAUUUAUUAUUAUUUUUUAAUUAAGCUCCACAUCCAAUGUGGGGCUUGAACUCCUAACGCUGAGAUCAAGUCAUAUAUUCCAACUGAGCCAGCUAGGCACCCCCAAUUUCAAAUUCUAUCAUCUAUCUAUCAGUCUACUUAUCUAUUUAUAGAUUGUAUUUAUUUACUUAUGAGAGAGGCAGAGAUACAGACAGAGGGAGAAGCCGGCUCCCUGGAGGGAGCCCGAUGCAGGACUUGAACCUGGACCAGGGAUCAUGACUUGAGCCAAAGGCAGAUGCUCAACCACUGAUCUACCCAGGCGUCCCUCAAAUACUAUUUUAAAAAGAAGUUUGGGGUUGCCUGGGUGGCUCAACUUAUUAAGCAUCUGCCUUUGGCUCAGGGCAUGAUCCUGGAGUCCUAGGAUCGAGUCUCACAUCAGGCUCCCUGCAUGGAGCCUGCUUCUCCCUCUGCCUAUGUCUCUGCUUCUCUCUCUGUGUGUGUGUCUCAUGAAUAAAUAAAAUCUUUAAAAAUAAAAAUAAAUAAGUUUGGGGCAUCCCUGGGUGGCUUAGCGGUUGAAGGUCUGCCUUUAGCUCAGGGCAUGAUACCGGAGUCCCAGGAUUGAGUCCCACAUCGGGCUUCCUGCAUGGAGCCUACUACUCCUUCUGCCUGUAUCUCUGCCUCUCUCUCUCUGUGUGUGUGUCUCUCUCAUGAAUAAAUAAAUAAAUAAAAUAUUUUAAAAAUAUAAAUUAAUUAAAAAAAAGUUGGGGGCACCUGCGUGGCUCAGUCAGUUAGGCAUCUACCUUCAGCUCACGUCAUGAUCUCUGGUUCCUGCGAUUGAACUCCACCUGGGAUCAAGUCUGCUUCUCCCUCCCCUCCCCACCACUCGUGGUUCUCUCUCAAAUGAAUAAAUAAAAUCUUUUAAAAAAUUAAAAAGUU